CCAAAAAAAAAACACGAAAGGCACACAAAUCGGCAAUUUAGGACGCCAAGGCGAAACAAAGGGAAACAGCAGCUGCUGUUGCUGCUGCUGCUGCUGCUGCCAAUAGAAAAAUGGUUGAAUUAAUGCGUCCAGCUGUGAAGGAGCUGAAAAAAAAUUGCAAAAACAAAGUAAAACUGAAAUGCAAAGUAAACGUUUGCCAUCAAACGGAGAAUGUCGAAAGCAGCAACAGCAAUAGCCGGAUAUUAUAUAGAAAGGGAGCAACAAUGUCAUUGUCGUCGUCGCUGUCGUCGUCGUCGUCGUCGUCGUCGUCAACAACACUAGCAACAUCAUUGCCAGCAACAACAUCGGCAACAACAGUCGGCAUCAGUUUAGAGCAAAGGCAAAUCAUCAGUCACAACAACGGCAGCAGCAACAAUAAGAUGACAGCAGCAAUAUUAACAACAUUACCAACAGCAACAAUCACAAGAACAACUACAACAACAACUACAACAGCAACAACUACCACUGCCAGCAAUAGGAGCAAUACAAAAGCCUUCCCCACACUAGCCUCAACAACAACGUCAAGUUGUUGCCGCCAACAACAGGAACAACAACAAAAACAGCUGCUUGUCUACUGCCUUUUGUGCAUUUUCCUUUUUGCGGUAACACAAAAAUUGCCAACGGCCAAUGGCCUACGUCUCACCAAUGGCGGCAGUAGCCUCAGCAAGGGCUCAUCCGCCAACAAGGAGCAACUGAAUAUCGGCCUUAUCGCACCGCACACAAAUUUUGGUAAACGGGAAUACCUGCGCAGCAUUAACAAUGCUGUAACCGGACUAACUAAAACCCGCGGCGCGAAAUUAACCUUCCUCAAGGACUAUUCAUUUGAGCAAAAGAAUAUACACUUUGACAUGAUGUCCCUGACACCAAGUCCGACGGCCAUUCUCAGUACGUUAUGCAAGGAAUUCCUACGCGUAAAUGUGUCAGCCAUAUUGUAUAUGAUGAAUAAUGAACAAUUUGGCCAUAGCACAGCCUCGGCUCAGUAUUUCCUACAAUUGGCUGGAUAUUUGGGCAUACCAGUUAUCUCCUGGAAUGCGGAUAACUCUGGCCUGGAGCGACGUGCCUCACAAUCGACACUGCAAUUGCAAUUGGCACCGAGCAUCGAGCAUCAAAGUGCGGCCAUGUUGAGCAUAUUGGAACGCUAUAAAUGGCAUCAGUUCUCGGUGGUGACAUCACAAAUAGCGGGACACGAUGAUUUCGUGCAGGCGGUGCGUGAGAGAGUGGCCGAAAUGCAGGAGCAUUUCAAAUUCACCAUACUCAAUUCAAUAGUGGUCACACGGACCAGCGAUCUGAUGGAGCUGGUGAAUAGCGAGGCGCGUGUUAUGCUCCUCUAUGCCACACAAGCGGAGGCCAUUACCAUUCUGAGGGCGGCCGAGGAGAUGAAACUGACAGGCGAGAAUUAUGUAUGGGUUGUCAGUCAAUCCGUGAUUGAGAAAAAGGAUGCACAUUCGCAGUUUCCGGUCGGUAUGCUGGGCGUUCAUUUUGAUACCUCGAGUGCGGCGCUAAUGAAUGAGAUAUCGAAUGCCAUUAAGAUCUAUAGCUAUGGUGUGGAGGCCUAUUUAACGGAUCCAGCCAAUAAGGAUCGCCGAUUGACCACACAAUCGUUGUCCUGCGAGGAUGAAGGGCGCGGUCGUUGGGACAAUGGUGAAAUUUUCUUUAAAUAUCUGCGCAAUGUGUCGAUCGAGGGGGAUCUGAAUAAGCCAAAUAUUGAGUUUACCGCCGAUGGUGAUUUACGUUCAGCCGAAUUGAAGAUCAUGAAUCUCCGGCCCAGUGCCAAUAAUAAGAAUCUUGUGUGGGAGGAGAUUGGCGUUUGGAAGUCAUGGGAGACUCAGAAAUUGGAUAUACGUGAUAUCGCUUGGCCAGGUAACUCACACGCUCCGCCCCAGGGUGUGCCCGAGAAAUUCCAUUUAAAGAUCACAUUCCUCGAGGAGGCACCCUAUAUCAAUCUGUCACCCGCUGAUCCAGUCAGUGGCAAAUGCCUGAUGGAUCGCGGUGUACUGUGCCGCGUGGCGGCCGAUCAUGAAAUGGCCGCCGAUAUCGAUGUCGGCCAGGCACACCGUAACGAGUCGUUCUAUCAGUGCUGCAGCGGCUUUUGCAUCGAUCUGCUUGAGAAAUUUGCCGAAGAGCUGGGCUUCACCUAUGAACUGGUGCGGGUUGAAGAUGGUAAAUGGGGUACACUUGAGAAUGGUAAAUGGAAUGGUCUGAUUGCCGAUUUGGUUAACCGCAAAACUGACAUGGUUCUCACAUCGCUCAUGAUCAAUACCGAACGCGAGGCGGUUGUUGAUUUUAGUGAGCCAUUCAUGGAGACGGGCAUAGCGAUUGUGGUGGCCAAACGGACGGGCAUCAUAUCACCGACAGCCUUUCUAGAGCCCUUCGACACGGCCUCAUGGAUGCUGGUGGGUAUUGUGGCCAUUCAAGCGGCCACAUUUAUGAUAUUCCUCUUCGAGUGGCUCUCGCCCAGUGGCUAUGACAUGAAAUUGUAUCUACAAAAUACAAAUGUCACACCAUAUCGGUUCUCCUUGUUCCGUACGUAUUGGUUGGUCUGGGCUGUGCUCUUUCAAGCGGCAGUCCAUGUGGAUUCACCACGCGGUUUCACCUCACGUUUCAUGACCAAUGUCUGGGCCCUAUUCGCCGUGGUCUUUUUGGCCAUUUACACUGCCAACUUGGCCGCCUUCAUGAUAACCAGAGAGGAAUUCCAUGAGUUCAGUGGACUGAACGAUAGUCGCUUGGUGCAUCCCUACUCGCACAAGCCCUCAUUUAAAUUCGGCACCAUACCAUAUAGCCACACGGACUCUACCAUUCAUAAGUAUUUUAAGGACAUGCACUACUACAUGAAACAAUAUAACAAGACUAGUGUGGCUGAUGGUGUGGCCGCUGUGCUAAAUGGCAAUUUGGAUUCAUUUAUCUAUGAUGGGACUGUGCUGGACUAUCUGGUGGCCCAAGAUGAGGACUGUCGCCUAAUGACCGUGGGUAGUUGGUACGCCAUGACGGGCUAUGGUCUCGCCUUUAGUCGCAAUUCAAAGUAUGUGCAAAUGUUUAAUAAGCGUCUACUUGAAUUUCGGGCCAAUGGUGAUUUGGAGCGUCUGCGUCGCUAUUGGAUGACUGGGACUUGUCGUCCUGGCAAACAGGAGCACAAAUCAUCCGAUCCACUGGCACUCGAGCAGUUCUUGUCCGCCUUCUUGCUACUGAUGGCUGGCAUCUUGCUGGCCGCCCUGCUACUUUUACUCGAGCAUGUGUAUUUUAAGUAUAUACGCAAACGUUUGGCCAAAAAGGAUGGCGGUCAUUGUUGUGCCCUUAUCUCGCUAUCGAUGGGUAAAUCACUAACCUUUCGCGGCGCUGUAUAUGAGGCCACUGAGAUAUUGAAGAAGCAUCGCUGUAACGAUCCCAUUUGUGAUACCCAUCUUUGGAAAGUGAAACAUGAAUUGGAUAUGUCCAGAUUACGUGUACGCCAGUUGGAAAAGGUAAUGGAUAAGCAUGGCAUCAAGGCACCGCAAUUGAGAUUGGCCUCAUCGUCCGAUUUGCUGAAUCAUCAUCAUCUCAAGGAGCGGCCACCAUUGUUAGGGAAUCUUAGUUUGGCUGCCAGUGCUCAAGAUCUAUACAGGUGGUCUUACAAAACGGAAAUAGCCGAAAUGGAGACAGUCCUUUGAAGUGUCUGCGUUUGAGCCAAACAAAAUUGUCCCACAAAUCGCUAAAUCUAAUAAAUCUUUAACUAAAUCAGCAACAACAACAAAAACAACGGCAACAACAAGUCAUAUGCAUUUCCAAUAGGUAAUAUUCGCAACUGAAUAAAACCAAUAAAUAAUUAAACAAGA